AUGCCACCCCGUUGCCUCAUCACCCUCGCCUCGUCCAUCACACUACUUGCUGUGACUGUUUCGGCUCAGACUAGUACCUGCAGCAACACCAACACGGGUGCGUGCGAUUGGGAACCCUUCAACCCUGUCAUUUGCGGUCCCGACCGAUCUUGUUCCUACGAAAACUUUUGUCUGGCCCGUGAGAAUGGCUACGACAUUGACACGGAUUGUUGUCAAGCUCCACAACCAUCGGUGUGUCCCUUUAUUUUUGCACCGGUAGUUUGUGGCGAUCAACAGUGCGAAUACAGCAAUAGUUGUGUGGCCGAAUUGGCGGGAUAUUCGGACGACCAAUGUGAACUGUUGCCACCGGAAUGUCCCACUGGCACGGCCGAUUGUUCGGGUGCUCCUUCCAAUCCAUUCAAGUGUGGACCCUCCAAAGAUUGUCUCUACGACACUAUUUGUGAUUUGCAAUCGGCAGGAUUUGACAUGGAUUUGGAUUGUUGUCAAGAUGUCCGAACCGAUACGGCCUGUACCGACAUGGAAGUUCCACCCGUGUCGUGUGGACCUCCCCACAAACAGUGUCCCUACGAAUCCGCCUGUGAAGCCUUUGCGGCUGGAUACAAUGAAAAUCAAUGUUGUGGAUUUCCCGACGCAAAUACCGCGUGUAUCUUGAUUUAUGCACCCGUCAAUUGUGGCUUUGACAAGAUCCUCCCGUGUUCGUUUUCCAACAUGUGUCAAGCCGAAGCGGCUGGAUUUGACGAAACGGAGUGUUGUCCUGCAGUGACGGAGGGUCCGUCGGAUGCCAUUUGUACGGCGGACCUCGAUCCCCAGCUCUGUGGUCCCAAUGAAUGUCAAUACGGCAAUCUCUGCGAAGCCAACUCGGCGGGAUGGACCGACGAGGACUGUUGUCCGCAAGGAACGGGUGUCUGUACAACCCUCUGGGAACCCGUCAAGUGUGGCACGUGCGAGUAUUCCAACCAAGGAUGUGCCGAAUUGGCGGGAUUUUCGGCGGUGGAAUGUUGCAAACAACCCUUGGAUCCCGAUGCGUUGUGCACCGCCGACUAUAGGCCAUUGGCCUGUAGUACGGCCAAUUGUAUUUACGACAAUGCCUGUAUUGCCGAUCUCGCCGGAUUUGAUCCCAACAGUUGUGUCGUCGUGCCACCACAAGAACAAGGGGGUAGUACAACAUCGGUGAAUAUGGCCGAUGGCGGAGGAAGUGAUGCGGCAUCCGGUAAUGAUGCAUUGACUCCGGUGGUCUCGGAUGCCGGCAACGUGACUGCCGAAAUGGACGAUGGAGAGGAUGGCAUGGACAGUAUGGAGGAUGAAAUGGAAGAUCCAGAAACCAAUGAUGAAAUAGAGGAUGGAGCCGGUGGCGAUGCAGGACCGGAGCCUCUGAAGAGUUCUGAUGGCAGAAGGACGAAGUCAACCAUUGUCACUACUAUCGUCAUGGCUGGACUGGGGUUCUUGUUUGCAUGA